GCACGACGAUGGUGGUGGCGCUGCUGCCGCGGCAGAGCACGACAGUCAGUGUGUCGUAAACGCGCUGCUCUGCUCCAGUAGUGUCGUUUCUCCGUGCCGUGCGCGCAGCAGCUCACUCUUUCCUCGCUGUUGUGUCUUGCACACUGCGCUGCAUACUGCACAGUACUCGCUAGCCGUGCAUCAGCGAGACCGACUCGCUGUCAGUAUACCUGAUCGAGUCGAGUUACGAGUGCAGUCUCUCGCGCGGAAAGAGAGCGAGAAGAGAAAUAAACAAAUAGGAGAGAUACGUCGUCGACGCGGGGGAGGCGGUGCAGCGCGAUGCGCUAGGGGAAGAGCCAGUGUGUCGUGUGUUGUUGCCGAGCGCCACCGCGCGUCCUGCAGUGCGAGUAUAUCUAUUCCCAAGAGAGUGCGAAUAUAGCCUCCAGGACAGAGAGGAAGAGAAAUAGCCGAGAGAAUAUAGCUUGCAGAGAGUAGAAGAAGAAAAAGAGCAAGAAUGUCGCGGUUCGCGGCUCUGCUCCUGCUGCUGUUGGCCGCCGUAGCGCGGGCCAACGUCACGCCGAGCUCCUCCGAACAUGCAGGCCCGCGGCUGGACCUGGACAGCCUGGAGAGCGGCUACCACGGCCUGGUCAAGGAGAACGAGACGCUGGUCGAGGUGACGCCUCAGAUCCGCGCCCUGGGCGCCAAGAUCUGCUCGUUCCGCAUCGCCAACAAGCAUCACGGCGACGCGCCCUUCGAGAUCGUUCUCAAGGAGAACGGCCUGGCCGAGCUGAGAGCUCUCCGGGUGCUCAACUGCGAGAAGAGAAGAAACUACAAGUUCGACAUUGCCGCCGUCGCCUGCAACGGCGCGCAGUCCGAUAACGCAACGGUGCACAUCACCGUGGUGGACGUUAACGAGUACGCGCCGCAGUUCCUGCAGCCGGCGUACGUGAGCACCGUCGACGAGGGACGACUCUACGAGGAGAUCGUGCGCGUCGAGGCAUCGGACCGCGACUGCACACCCAAGUACGGGGACGUCUGCAAGUACGAGAUACUCACCGCCGAUCAGCCCUUUGUCAUCGAUAACGAGGGAGCGAUCAGGAAUACCGAGCCCUUGGAUUAUGAGAAGUCCCACAACUACAUUCUCAGCGUCGUCGCUUACGACUGCGGCAUGAAACAGUCGGCGCCCGCUAUGGUCACCAUCAAGGUCAACAGGGUCUGCUCGCCGGGCUGGCGCGGAGUACCCGAACGAGUGGAUUACGCCGCGGGCGUCGAGGCCCAGCCGCUGCUGCCCUCGGCUCGACUCGAGCUUUGCGACGCUCCCUGCGCUCUGAGGAACCUCCGGGCGACGCUCAGCUUGGCUACGGAUCACAUCGGCAAAGGCUGCGACAGGGACACCUACACCGUUCGCAGUCAGAGGAAGUUGUGCGGAGCCUCGAAGGACAGCGUCGAUCUGCUGCCUACUCCUGGACCCGCCACGCCGUGGACCGCUGGCCUGUCCAGGGACGAGGGACGCGAGGCUGACGAGAUCUUCGAGUUCGAUGGAGCCAACUCCGCCGCGAUCGUGCCCGAGGAUGUCCUCGAGCACUCGCUCGCUCAGAAGUUCAGCAUUGGAGUGUGGGUGAAGCACAGGCCAAGGCCCAGGCAGGAUCCCCACGUCAAGGAGCACAUCCUCUGCGCUGCUGACGAUCACAAGAUGAACCGCCACCACUACGCCCUCUUCAUCCGCAACUGCAGGCUGAUCCUGCUUUUGCGGCGCGACUUUAGCGAGGGCGACCCGGAUAUGUUCCGCCCGGCUGAAUGGCGCUGGAAGCUCACCCAGGUCUGCGACGACAGGUGGCAUCACUACGCCGUCCAGGUGAACUUCCCACGCGUGAGUCUCUUCGUCGACGGCGAGGAGUGGCACGCCGACAAGAUGAACCCCGAGAUCAUCGACGACUGGCCUCUCCACCCGGCCAAGGGCAUCAACACCACCCUCGUCGUCGGCGCCUGCUGGCAGGGCUCGGACAACAAGACCAAGCACCACUUCCGGGGUUACCUCGCCGGGCUCUCCGUCCUCGUGGGUCGCAACGAGAAGCCCGACGUGCUGACCUGUCUGAGACACUGUCAGGAGGGCAUCCACGUGCCGUCGAUGGACCUGCUCCAGCCCGGCACCGAGCUGCUCACCAACUCCGAUCUGACAGAGCUGAGGAUCGACGGCGACAACAAGACCAACGUGGAGACUCUGCUGAGACGCAUCGGUUACACCAACUCCAGGAGAUUCCCGACCCCGGGCAGGCGCAACUUCAGACUCGACACGACCAUCAUCUGCGAGGGCCGAGAAGACAGGCCACUCAACGUGCCCUCCAUCCAGUCAUACGUGUUCGUGCUUCCACCCCCGCGUCCGGGCAUCACCGUCAACGGUACGGGCUACGUAGCGCGUGAGUACGCCGACUUCCGGCUGGGCGUCCGCGUCUUCCCCGACGCCAAGGUCACCGCCGGCACAGCAGCUCGCCUGGACGCCUGUGCCGUCAGCGUUUACCCCAGCUUGAAUCCUGACCACGAGAGCCUGAGCUUGCCCGGAGAUACUCUGCGUCGCUUCCACUCGAUCAGCGCCAGGGUCGACCGGGACGGCGUCGUUCUGUCCGGCGCUGACACGCCGCACAACUACCAGCAGAUCAUCAGAUUCAUCACCUACAUGAACCGCAAGCCCGCCUACUAUCUCGACCGCGUGUUCAAGCUCACCUGCUCGGAAUUGAGCGGCCGAUUCGCCAGUAACGAGUACAUCCAGACGCUGGCGGUGAUCCACCCGAAGGAGAAGACCACGUCGCCGGUGCCGCACUCGACCCACACGGCCAACGACAUCCCUAUGGCGAGGAUCGUCGAGCCUCAGCCAGGUCACGCACUCCUCUCGCCCCACCAUGCCGAGCUUAACGAAGAGUACGCGACGACGCAAUUGCGCGAGGGCAGUCACAACGCCAGCGGCAGCCACGCCGUCACCAUCGUCGCCGCCUGCUGUAUCGGCUUCCUCUUGCUCAUGGUUGUUGUCGGGGCCGCCCGAAUGCGAGGUGCCAACGAGCGGCGACGAACGGCCGGACAGGAACUGGCCGCCGAGACUGAGAUGGCCUGGGACGAUUCGGCUCUCGCUAUAACUGUCAACCCCAUGGACAGGCUAACCGAGCAGGAGGCCGCCCAGAACCGCCGGGACGAGGAUCUCGAUGACUCAGCCAGCUCCGACUCUGAGGAGGGUAGCUACAGGGAUGACGAGCUCGACUCGUCCGACUGCGAGAACGACUGCGACCUCGGCACCGGACGCGGACGCUGCCCAAGCCCCGACCUCGAGUGGGAUCACACGCCCAACGUUUAAAGAUCCGACUAAGCUGAGAGCCACGCUAAUUACAUUACCGAAUAAGGCAUCAUGGAGCUUCGCAAUGCAAAUUCAUCUACUGUAAGAUCAAGAAAAAGAAAACAACGUUUGAGGGUGAAGUAGCUUCAGCGGCAGCCUUGUCUCGAAUUAAUCAAGGGCUCGAAAAAAGGCAAAGUUUGCAAAAAUCGGCAAGUUUUGAAUUUGGCUCCAGAGACUUCAUAUCCUCCCUAUAUAGGACACCUUCAAAAUGCUCGGUCUGUAGAGUCGUAGGUGAACUGUGUUCUUGCAGGUAGGUGGAAGUGUCAUAUUAUAUCCGUCCCCUUAGAUUGAGUUUCUAGUACCAGACAUCGGCGAAUCGACGGUGUGCUGCUUGAAAAAAAAGAGCGAGAGAUUAGAAAGAGAGAAAGAAAAAAUGGAGAAAAAGAAGAGAAAAAAAGGACGAUUUAAAUCUGUAAGAGUGCGGGACGCUUUAUCUAAUAGUUGAAAAAAAAACACUUUCUACAUACGGUACAUUGUUAACAACAGCGGUUGUCGAGGUAUGCGGAUGUAUUAUUCUUCGAAACUAUUUUCACACACAAAUACACGAGCACACACAUUCAGUAAAGAGAAGAAAAAUGGAUAAAAAAGAAAACAUAUUUAGACGCUUUCGAGAGGACCUAUAUGAUAUUUCUGGAAAUCCCGAAGGCGAGUACGAAAUUUUUCAAUGUUGGAAUAUGCUUGCAAAGCUUAAAAAGAUGGACUGCAGUUGAGUAGAUUGAGACUAGAUAUUUAAUAAGAAAUAUUAACAAAAAAAAAAAGACAAAAUAAAACUAUAUCAAUCAUUUCGUUCAUUACACGUUUGUAUAAGAAUUCGAGUAUUGUUGGUAACGUAUCAAAGACUUUUAAAUGCACAAAUCGACUUUUACAAAUGAUACCAAAAACAUGCGAGUUUCACUACAGUCUGCCUUAUGUUAAACGCUUGACUAAUGCAAAUAUAGUAGAAGAUAACAGAGUUUCAUUUUACGCUUUUAUUAUAUCAACUUUUUCCAGAAUGCUCAGCACACACACGUAUAAAUAUAUAUAAGCAUUGAGCGGAAAGAGAAAAAUAUCGCUACUGGUACUAAUGGUAUCUGAAAACAUUAUUCGAAACAUUUACUCAUCAUUAUCGAUUGUAGACUCCAAGUAAUAAUAAUGAAACAAAUUCUCAAAUAACGUAUGUAUACAGAAUAAGCCGAUCGAGCACUACGUUUUGCAUUUCUCUAUACCUCCGGGAACCCCUCUACGGAUUCCCGGCGGGAAAAAUACCAACGUUUGUACUACUAUGAUCUCGUAGCUUUUUUUGAUCGACGAAAAGGAUGGGUCAUCGGUACGAAACUCUGAUUCGCCACGAAGAAUUCUACAAGUAGGAAAGGACACUCUUUCUCGGAAGUUGUUUUUUUGCUUCCAAAAAAUUUCGCGGAGAUUUGAAAAUAUAAUCUCUUGCACUUAUAUAUAUAUACGGCAUCCCGCUUGCAAUAACAUUAAUCUUGCUUCUUCCUGACAUCUUCCAAUUCUUUUCAAAGCUUGGGUCAGAAGAGCGAAUCUUCGCGUUGUUCGACUAUUUUAUUUCUUUUCUUUCGUUUUUUAGAGGAUAAUGUUAUAAUUUUUUAUUGUAAAUCGGAAUGCGGCCAUAUUGUAUGUAUUUUUGGUAUAAUUGUAUAAGAGGGAAUGAGAAAAAAAAACCUUUACCAUAUCGUAACGAAGUAUAUGUGGUGGGCUACGAUUGCGUUUAUAUUAUACAGGCGCAUGUGUCAAUUACUUUGCAUGCGAUAGACUCUCUUCUCUCUGCGGCGAUAUUGGCUGAUAAAAAAAAAACGAUCGUGAGGUCGAUGAUAUACAUAUAUACAUAUAUGCGCGCGGAGAGAGAAAAAUAAAAGCGAGGCGCGGGAAUCUCCGUUCUCGCGCCAUAGGCUCUAUCUGCGAGAGUGCAGUGCAAUCUUCUUUCGUUUUUUGUAGGCCUGGAACUGUGUAAUUCGUUUUUGUACGUUGCUGUAUGUCAAAACCGAUGUGUUUCUCUCUCCUUGGUCCUAGUUGACGAUUGAACUUUUGAUAAUUGUCAUGUAGGGAUUUCUAAAGGCUCUUCAAUCUUUGUGGAAAUAAAAAAAAUAUUAAGGAUAAACGUAAAUUUAACGCGUUAGUGACAUCACGCACGUGUGUACAAUGAUUGUAACAGAAACCCCCACCUCGCGACGUGGGCCGUAAAGAACAAAAAUAAAUAAUAAAUAAUGAAAAAAGGUAAAAAAUAAAGUAUAAAAAACUGUGUAUUAUCAGGCAGUAUUUGAUAUACAUAUAUACAUAUAUAUUGUGACAUUUCAUUCGGAAAUUUGUAUUUAAGUAUUCGAGACCACACAAGCUCGCGCGGCCUCGAGAGGGAACUGCGCGCUUAGCUUCCUGAUUGACGCCGUAUAACACGAUGCACAGACAUAAGAGAACGCCGGAGCGAGAAUUUUGGAGCAAAAUUCUCGCGCGUAUCGGCGGUACUACUUUGUGCGAAGUGCAGAGGAAAAUGAUAACAAUAAUCUCGAGCAAAUACUUAUAUACGCGAAGAACAAAAAUUAUGAAUUUUACUAAAUAUAAAACGAUCAACCGCACUACAACACCGCAGUUUCUAUUAAUGAUAUAUAUCCAAUUAAAUGAAAUGAGAUGAAUACAAAUACUGCCGAGUCCUAAUUCACGUGAAUGUAUGUAUUUUUAGGGAAGUUAUAUCGAUCAAAUACCUAGAACUGAAUAUUUGAGUAUGACGAAUAUAUAUAUGUAUUCAUAUAGGGACUAUAUGACAAUUUAUUUUUCCAACGUGCAUAUCAUAUCAUUUUUAUAAAAGAAAUUGGUGCGACUAACGACGCUGACGAGAGAAGGUAACACAAAAAAAAACGCGCGCGCGCGACUUUUUGCGAAAGGAGAAAGGCUAAAAUCACUAUAGUUAAAAGAAAUAAAGUAUAAAAAUAAAGAAUAUGAUCAGCCGCAUUCGCUGCUGCGAGUAUCCUCCCUCCCCCACCCGUAUGUGUAAAAUUAAGAUCGAUUUAAGCGCCGCGUCGUGCGCUGACAUCAGCGCACCGUGGCUAUGCCAUAAUAAUAAUAACAGGAAAAAAAAAGAAUACGAGAACCUAGCGUUUCUUCGUCAUAUCCUCGUAUAAUGAAUUCUCGUUUGCUAUACGUAUACUCUGUCUAUCGAUAUCCCCUUUCACCUCUGAUGAUUUUCUACUCGUUAUUCGUUUCUUUCGUAGACGACGGCUUUUCCUCGUUUCCAUAUCCCUCGCAUCGCUAUAAUAUGACGGAGCUGGCUUUUCGAACUUUCUCUCUUCCAUAUGCGAAUUUCCUCGUUAUACUCGUUUCUAUAAUUUAUUCCUAUAUAUGCUCCUCGCCGGUUAACACAAAGCGCUAUUAAUACAUGUGUAGGUAGCUUCAUGAGUCAGUUCUUCGCGUGAUUGAGCAUGAGAUGAGUGCAGCGUUGUUUCGCUUCGCUUCACUGGCAUGUGCGACUCGUUCAUCUCUCCUCUUCUCCGUAAGUUUAGUCAUUCGCUCUCGGGAGAGUAUAGAGCCCGUUCAGCAGCGCAGCCUCGACUGAGACGUGUUUUUCUUAUCGGUUCUUUCUUUUUUUUUUUUUACGUAAAUAUAUAGCUCUAAUUUGAAAAAGUUCUUUCAUUAAUUUCGACGAGCUUAUUCGCACACACGAACACAACGUGUACUUGCCUCCAAUUUACACACACGAGAUCCUCUUCUAUGUUAAUCUGCGUCCGCUUAUUAUUUAUAGGGGGUAAUAAUCGUCGCACGUAGUCUUUUCAAUUGGUGUAUGUGUAUAGCGCAAAAAAUAAAAAUUUAAAUCCCCAUCCCACACUGCAGUGUCCAUCCUCUUUUGUACGACGAUUUAUUUUCGACUCGUAUAUACACACUCGUUUUCCUUCGACUCGAGACAAACAGAGAAACUUUACAUACAAUUGUACUUAACUACUAAUUAACAAAGCGAGAUCCUACAAGAGAACAAAGCAACAUAUAUAUAAAUAUGAAUAUAUAUUAUAUAUACAAACAUUUAUUGAACAGAAACAAAAAAGAGAAUAAAGAAUUGUAGGGGGUGGAUGAAAGAGAGAGAGAGAGAGAGAGAGAGAGAGAGAGAGAGAGAGAGAGAGAGAGAGAGAGAGAGAGAGAAAAACACUUACAUUGCGAGAGAAAUAUGACGAGGCACUCGAAAAAAGCCAAAUUAGAGCUCGCGCUCGGCCCAUUACCACGUGCACGGUAGCGUGAGACGACGAGCCCAUUAAAGGCCUCGGCUUUGCGAGGAAAAAGACCGGAAUGCAUUUUUGAACGUCGUGCCCGAUCCUUCCUCUUUUUUUUU